CCUACUUGUACAUACAUACAUAUGAUCAUGGGUUGCCUCAAAUGUGCUUUAGCAGCACGGAAAGGUCUCUCAUGCAUACAACAACCUCAGGACAAGAGCUGUAUUUCCCCGAAUGGACACUUGCCUGAGCAAGCCAACCUGGGCCACCUCACUCUGUUUUGGCACUGGUCCGCCCGAGUGAGAGCACAGCCACACACUGCCAACAAAUGCCCAAGAAGUCGAAGCCACGUCCCUGCCUUGUGUACGCGCGACACCCACAAUCAUCCCACAAUCUAUCUCUGCAUCUGGGGCACCGCCCCCACUUGCUGCAGCAGCCUCGUGUGAAUCGGGCACGGGUCAGCACGGCCGCCAUCCAUCGCCUGCACACACCCCACAGAACAGACAUACAGACAGAUAAGGGCGGACAGACAAAACGGUGGCUUAUCCAUGUGCGUGUGUUAGACGCACCUGUUUGGAUAGGUCCCAGAAGAAUCCGUUGCGCCACUCAAACUCCUUGACGGCCGUGGGAAAGUGCGACACAGACCUGCAACCACGGAAAGGAGGCAGAGGCAGAGACAGGGGCGUGCCUUCAUCGAUGUGUGUGUGGUUGUGUCACUUCCUCACCUUGUGUAUGAGCAGAGCCGCUCCACCAUUCCAUCCUGAUUGACGACCGUCACACGGCAAGCACAUGGAUGGGCGUUGUGCCAUGAAGCCUGCCUCUCUCUGGCCGGUUAUGCGUGCGUACUUGGAAUGUGAUUCCGAGACCUUCGGAGGCCCUCUUGAGCUCCCCUAUCAGCUCUGUCACCUCCUGCCUGAGGUCAGCAAGCACAUUACCGCUGCAUCUCUCCACACCCCCUGUGUGUGCGUGUUGGUUACCUGUGGCUCUGCUCCACUUCGCCCACGGUGACGCCAUACUUGGUGCCGACGAGCAUGAAAGCGGCGAUCCAAAUGAGCUUCUCGUACAUGGAUGCGCGGAAGACGGCCUUCUCCAGCACCUUGCAAGACAGCUGGCCGUUCCGCAGCAGGGCCGCAAAGUCAUUGGCCCACUUGCCGUUGACGGCCGUGAGGCCCUCGGGAUUGACAUCCGUUUUGCCGUCGAUCGGCGGCUCACCCAGCUUUGCGACCGCAAAGUAGAUCAGGCCCAUUGUGUUGUCCUGCACGCCAAGCCAACCAAAGCAUCCAGUCAAGCAGAUCCAGAGCCCAGAGCAUUGUGUGUGAAGUCACUACAAUCACCUGUAGGGCAUAGCUCUGCAGAAAGGGCUCGAGCAUGCCGUUCUGCAGGAAGACCAGAUCCUCCCUCCGGCUCGCAGGCGUCUUGUCGAUGAUGCUCGCCAACGCGUCGUUGCGGGUGCACACCUGAGUGCGGUAAGGGAUGGAGGGAGGGAGCAACACCAGCAGGAACAGCGACAAUAGAUCAUUCAUUCGAUGCGUAGCGGUCUCUCUCACAUACAUAGAUGGGACCUUCCACGUCAGCCGGUAUGGGAUCGUCGCGGCCAACAAGAACGCCACUCCUCCCGCCAAGCUCCUGACAUACACGCGCACACACAAACAGACACAGAGAGAGAGAGACCACGGCAACACCCAGAAUAACGCCUCACUCGCAUGUCACCCAUCCAUCCCUCGUAUCCUACGUAUAAGAGUGAGCCAAUCCGUCCCCUCCCAACAAUGACAUCGCGCCGCUGCACCAUGCUCAGGGCCGGCCUCGCAGCUGCUGCCGAUGAAUGCAAUCGCCUGUCCAGCACUCUCAGGCCUGAAGGAGGUGAGAAGGCGUUGACUUGCACUCUCAGGAUGAACGACGGCAGCACGGUCAAGACAGCCACCAGCGGUGCUGCCAUCGUCCUUGAGCGACAACAGCAGCGGAACUCGGAUCAGGACGAUGAGUGGAGAGAUCUUUGUGAAGACUUGCAGGCUGCAGUUAAGCUUGACUCACUGCC